AUGGACGCCGCGCAGGCGCCCGCAGGAGUGGUGGUCGACGUCGAGGCGCUCGCCGGACCCGUAGGGAGCGAGGCCCCCGCUGCGGCUAAGGGCCCAGCAUGGAAAAGGUUCUUGUACCACGUUGGACCAGGCUUUAUGGUCUGUUUGGCCUACCUUGAUCCCGGAAACUUGGGAACAGAUUUGCAAGCUGGUGCAGAUCACAGAUAUGAGCUCCUCUGGGUGACCUUGAUUGGCCUCAUCUUCGCACUAAUUAUUCAGUCAUUAUCUGCUAAUCUUGGAGUAGUGACAGGGCGGCAUCUUGCCGAGCUAUGCAAGACGGAAUAUCCAGCAUGGGUGAGAAUCUGCCUAUGGCUGCUAGCAGAGUUAGCUGUGAUUGCUGCAGAUAUCCCAGAAGUUAUAGGGACAGCUUUUGCUUUCAACCUCUUGUUCCAUAUACCUUUGUGGGUGGGGGUUCUCAUUACUGGCUCAAGCACACUUCUCCUCCUUGGAAUGCAAAAAUAUGGGGUUAGGAAGCUGGAACUUUUGGUUGGACUAUUGGUGUUCGUUAUGGCAGCAUGCUUCUUCAUAGAGAUGAGCAUAGUGAAGCCUCCUGCAAAAGAGGUCAUCUACGGGCUAUUCAUCCCCAGCCUCAGUGGGCCAGGCGCUACUGGAGACACUAUAGCCCUUCUUGGGGCUCUUGUGAUGCCGCACAAUCUAUUCUUGCACUCUGCCCUGGUACUGUCAAGGAACACUCCCUCAUCAGUAAGAGGAAUCAAGGAUGCAUGCAGGUUCUUCCUUUUUGAAAGCGGUGUAGCGAUGUUCGUGGCACUUCUCAUCAACAUAUGUAUCAUCUCUGUCUCUGGAACUGUCUGUAACUCAAGCAACCUCUCACCGGAUGACUCUGCAAAAUGCAGUGAUAUCACCUUGGACUCCUCGUCCUUCCUCCUCAGGAAUGUGCUAGGCAACAACAGCGCAGUUGUGUAUGGUGUAGCACUCUUGGCUUGUGGAAUCAGCUCUUCCAUCACUGGUACUUAUGCUGGGCAAUACAUCAUGCAGGGUUUCUUGGACAUCAAGAUGAAACAGUGGCUGAGGAACCUGAUGACUCGCAGUAUUGCCAUUGUACCAAGCUUAAUCAUUGCCAUCAUCGGUGGCUCCAGCGGUGCUGGCCAUCUCAUCAUCAUUGCAUCGAUGAUACUGUCUUUUGAGCUACCAUUUGCUCUCAUUCCACUUCUCAAGUUCAGCAGUAGUAGCAUCACGAUGGGCCAACAUAAAAACUCUAUCUAUAUCAUUGGAUUCUCGUGGAUGCUCGGGUCUGUUAUCAUUGGGAUAAACAUCUACUUCCUCUGCUCAAAAUUUGUUGGCUGGAUCCUUGACAACUCACUGCCAAUUUCUGCUAACAUUCUCAUUGGCAUCAUCGUGUUCCCUCUUAUGCUGCUCUACAUUUGUGCUGUGAUCUACCUCACGUUAAGGAAGGAGACCAUCAAGUUCGUGUCUUGCGGUGAGCUGCAGACCAUUGAGACCGACAAAUCAAAGGUUGCCAAUGAUAGCAAUAACGAGGAAAAGAAGGAGCAUGUAUCCUACAAUGGCGUCUAG